AUGGCCUGCCCCUGGUCUCCCGGGCCUCUGCCCCAGUGUUGUGACCAGGUGUGAAUGAUCCCUAAAUGAGCAAUCGCACACCUCGGACAAUGUCAACCUCCUCUGAAGGUCCAAUUUGGCAGACCCAAGUCUUUUCUGAGUUAAUUCACUGCUCUGUGAUAAGAAGUGGUUCUUGAGAGAUGCUUUAAUGGGAAAACAAUCUUUUGUCAGAGCAGAGGCAAGGAAUAUUUGUUCCUCAACAUUCUGCUAAUUAUAUAAUUGGAGACAGGGCAUGGAAAUAAGAUCAAUUAAUUGAUAAUGAUUUGUUCAUGAAUUUCAACUAAUUUCCUUAACUGACUCCAACCCUGACUAGCUUUAGCCUACGUGACGCUAUUGGUUUAGGAUAGGAAGGCGGAGAUGCUGGACACUAUAUACUAGACACUACCGACAUAGGGGUUGAUACGACUGUCAUUUGCCUCCCUUUCCUAAGCGUAAGCUUAUCUCUGAAUGAGAUGUCUAGUCUGAGUGCUUUAAGAGGAUCGCACCCGAUUCCAAGGUUGGCUGCCAGCAAAGAAAACCUCUUAAGGGCUCUACACAGUCUACGCAAACAGAGCUGACGGAUGUUCCUUUGCGUCGCUCUCUACGUAGUUAUACGUACAUUUAUGCAUUUUUGGAACGUGGCGCAAAUGGACCUCCGUUGGCGCCGUUUGCAUAGACUGUUUAGACCUCUUUAGGGUAAAGGGGAAAACAACUGGGGCGGCAGGUAGCUUAGUGGGUAAGAGCGUUGUGCCAGUAACCGAAAGGUCGCUGGUUCUAAUCCCCGAGCCGACUAGGUGAAAAAUCUGUCGAUGUGCCCUUGAUCAAUUGCUCCUGUAAGUCGCUCUGGAUAAGAGCGUCUGCUAAAUGACCAAUUUAUAUAUUUUUUUUUAACUAGACCUAUCUCAUUCUCCUUACACAGCCACUAGAGGGCACACCUGGCCGACUCAUGACUGUUGACCUUUUCCCUACUGGCCCAUCCCCUUACCUUUGCCAUAAUAUACAGGUUUACCUGUCAUUAUGAAAUUAAUCGGGUGUAAUAUAAUUGAGGAAUAAGUCACUAUAGAUGGGCAGUGUGCUUUGUAAGCAGUUAUCUAUAUCAUGAACAGUGUCAGUGAUCAAAUGAUCUGCGUUUAUAUAAGGGCAACUCAUAACCAUGCACAGACAGCAGGGGGUGUAGUUGUGCAGUCUGUCUCUUCGACCACUGCAACCCCCUCAGGACAGCCUUGAUAGGGAGGGAGGGGUGUUGAGGAGGGGGAUGAAACAGCUCCAGCCCACCCCCUCUGUUCCCAUGUAGUUGCCCCAGCGUGCAGCAUGUGGUGUCUACCUUGGCCCCCGGCUGGUUCUCUCUCUCUUUUUCUCUUUCUUCUUUCUCCCCCCCCCCCCCCGUUGGGCAGGCAAGGUAGACCCCCAGGUUGGCCCAGGCCGGCAACCUGCUGGCAGAUGCAGCUGAAUAUUCAGAUCAGCUGGGAGAUUUAAUUUGUCUGUUAAUUGGUGGGCUGGUGUGGCGCGCUGCUGAAAGUGUCACCGCGAGGGAUUGGGAGGGCCACACGUAGGCAUGACGCACAGAGACUAGCAGCCGCUCCACGGUUCAAUAUACUGGACUCUACUACACAGUGCACUACACACAGAUGCUGGGCUGUCCAGGCGGAGAGUAGAGCGUGAGUGGUUUGGACGGUCUUGGUGUCUGUGCUCUCAAGGAGAAAACCACUGUCUCUUUUAACUUUGGUACCUUAGUCCCUGCUUAAGAACUGUUUAUAAGAGAGUAUGUCAAACAUUGGUACAGUAUUGCUGUUCGGUUUAGAUCAGCAACAGGCAACAGGCGGCCCCUAGGCCAAAACCGGUCCGCAAGUGAUUAUUUUGGGGGGGGAUUCCAAUUUUUUGCCACAAGACUGUAAAAUCAGCAGGAAUUCAGCUAAAAAUCUCUUCCCAAGUAUCCCCACAACAACAAAAAAGGUGAUCGUGUCUCAAUGUAAUCAAGGUAUGAAAUGAUUUGAAAAUACAAUCUCUUUUGGGGCUUAGUUGUGGUCAAUUUGCAGUGUACAAAUUAUAAUUUUCUGGCCCCCGACCAUUUGCGCUGACAUAAAUCGACCCGCAUCUGAAUCUAGUUGCCUACCCCUGGUUUAGAUGCAUAGAAAGAGAUUAAAUGCUAACUAGCCUGGAUAGCUAUCAACUUCAAUAAAGGAAUAUUCAGUAGUAUUUGAGAGGUGUCGUGGCUGUUUAGGACCUAAACACAAACACCGCUGAAUUGGCUGACACUGACGUUUCAACAUAAACACAACCACACAAUGUCAUGUUAUUUACGUUAUGCCUUAGGCCAUACAGUGUGAGUUUUCUGUCAACAGUAGCAUUUGAUUAACACUGACCUGGCAAUCACACAAACAUGUGAAGUGAACCGUUUCUCAAUUUCCUUAUUCUGUCUUCUCUUACAGAUUCCAGAUGAGUUUGACAAUGGUGAGUUGUUUUCUCGUUUGUUUACCCUGAUGACUGACAAUACCUGUGUAUUUAGCCUAAUCCAUAAGGUAUUUUGGAGAGGUUUUCUUUUCUCAAAGUUGAGUUAGCUUAGAGAUCAGUUUAUUUUUGCCCCCUAGGUCUCUGAGGCUUUUGGCACACCUGUGUUCCCAAACAUCUGCUCCUGGUCUGUAAAUGGAUCUCGAUUCACAUUACAUCAGUUAUGUUUUAUAGGCUACGUUCAGACAGCUGUUGGUCAUUUACUUGUGAAGGCUUAGCCCUGUUGUUUACAGUUCCCUUAGAUUUGUCAAUUAAAAAUAAGCGAUGUUGCAGGCUAUGUUUGCUUGCACCCUCAGGCAGACCUCUACCAAUCUAAUUACCAACAUAUCCAUACCAUGGUCCACCCAUUAAUUGACAGUGCUCCAGAUUAGCCCCCCUCUAGCUUGCCUGUUCUGCUGUCAGCCUAGGAUGGCGGGCAGGAAGGGGGGGUGUAUGAUCGAUCAACCCACUGAGAAAUGCCACCUUGCAUGCAUCCCACACCCAAAGCACAGGCAAUGCCAACCGCCCCCUCCAUUCUGUGUGUGACUACCACCCUGUACCCACCAGCUGGUAACCAACCCCCCAAAUGCCCCUCAGCCAUCAGUCAUCCCUAUAAACAGCCAGGCUGACAACCUGGUGAAAAGGGCCUCAUGACAAGACCGACACACAGGAAAAUGGAAAUUAGAUAGUCUUUCUCUCCAUUUCAUAGUAUUACAACCCAUUGGUUUCCACAAUAGAUUUGUAAUCCUAUCUGUCUGUUUCAUUGGUAUUUUGAUUGUCAUCCUCUCUCCCUCCACUGAGUGCAUGUUUGGCCAGUGUGGAGCUGAGAGGGAAUGUGUAGAGUUCUCCUAUGACUGGCUAUGCUAUUGAAAUGACAGAGGGCAGAGCAGGGGGACUGAGUCGCGAGGUGCCUCCCUCCCUGCUUCAAAGCUAUGCUAAUGCCAGGGACAGCUGCGGCCCUUUCCAGAAGUGUUGAUUUUAUAUCCGAUAGAACGGGGGGGGGGGGAAGUCUCCUCUUAAACGCGUAACAAUCACCCUGUUAUACCAAUAAUUACUUAAUGAAUUCCUCACGCUCCCCAAAGUCCCCUAUCGCUGUCUCUAUCUGGCACCGCUGCUGUGGCUCUCCUUAUUACCUUAGUGCCCAGAGUGCUGCUACGGCGGCUGCUGUUAUUGGCCAGUCCUGAUGCACCCACAGCGUUCAAUACCCCUAAUGAAGGCCAAUGAUGGCCUGAGGGGCCCCCGGGGGAGUGUAGAGGAAGCAUUCCUGCCCACGCGCCCUCCAUCCCAAGUGGCAGAAGGGGAUUGGGGAUGGGGGGGGGGGGGGGGAGGCAGCCUGGACGCCUCCGCUGGAUGGGUCCUCAGGGACCCGGGGCGUUGAGGUCUGGCCUGCAAACAGGCAUGCUCGCCAGACCCGUGUCGCCAUGCAAAGUGAUGGUAUUCAGAGCAGGGGCAUUAUGCUGAGGAGGAGCGUUGGACGCUGUGAAGGUGAUGAGCUCCCCAAAGACCACCCUGUUGAGGACACACUGGACUGCUUUGAAAAUACUCACUGAGGUUGGAAGUUGUUGCUUUCUCCUAGUGUGUACUGUGGAUCUAAUAAAUGGUAUUGAUGCAGUAUGCAAUCAGUCAGUACAAACACCAGAUGUAUUGCUUUAAUCUUCAAGCACUAUUAUUAGGCUUAAAUAACUGACUUGUACUUUUUGGAGGCGUUUCAUGACUUGGAAGACCUCAUCUCUUCCGGUCCAUUUUGUUAGAUCAUUCACCCUCCAUGUGUCCCAGUCAGUAUCCCACAGCAAGGAUCCUCAGAGCCCGUAUUUGGCUGUGACUUGACAAGUGGCCGUUCUGUACGACCUCCAUGUUUGCUCGCUCUGACAGAGACGUACAGCCCCUAGGAGAAUAAAGACCACCAGGGCUCCAAACAAACAAACUAACCAACCCAGCCUGCCUCCUGUACCUACCGGCCCAACCAACAGCCUGUGUCCCUAAGCCGGGUACAGCGUGGGCCAAAAUGGAAAAGAAAAGCAAGAGCCACCCCCCCCCCCCCCCCCCCCCCAACAAAAAAAAAAAGAAGAGGGAGGAGGAGAAAGGCAUUAGAGUAAUAAUGGCCUUAGGCAAACUAGUGGAGCAUAUGCCACCCCGGUCCGGGAUUAAAGGAGGCCUUUGUUGUGUCCGGAGGCCCGGCCAUCGAUCUUUCUCGCCUUUCCUCCCUCGUUCCCUCCCUACUUCUCCCCUGUUUAAAUAGACAUCCCUCCCGAGAGCAACAUAGCCUUUCCACUGGCCACAAUGGCCUGCCUCUAUUACACUGGCAAACAAGGUUAAGACGAGGCUGCCUGACCAGAGUGCUUCUGCUUGUCAAAGCCUGCUUUUCUGGGGGUCUUUUUUGUUUUUGUUUUUUGUAGCGGCCUUCCUUUCAGAGUCAAUGUCAGUCCCAACUGUGGAAAAGGACUGCUUUGUUUUUGCCAUAAUGGGGGUUCUGCUUUUGAUAAGACUGAAUUUGAUCACAGUAAUAGUGACAGCCAACUGUUACCAAUGGAGAAAAUGGUAUGCCUAUGUCCCUGAAUAUAUGGCCAGAAAUGGAGGUAACUUCCCCUCCUCUCGCUCAUCAUCAUGGAAGGACCCACUGUGGCCUGGCUGACAAAUAUUCAUCUCCUCGCCAUCCUUUUCCUGUCAUCCUCCUUUCACACUCAUCCCACCACUACUAACCCCCUGCCCCUUUAUUACCAUGAUAAAAGCGUGCCUUGAUCCAUCCUGUCCACAGUUACUCACACAGGGGCACAAACCUAUUACACAAACCAAACACAUACACACGCCACUGCAACCCCCGUCCCUCUGCAGGGGUGUGUAGCGAUCACCACCCACCCCCAGCCUGGCUUGGUUCUGCGAUCCCAUGGGAGAGGUUUGUCAACAGGGCCAGUCACAGUCCAACACUCUCUGGAAGAGUAUGUUCCUCCCAGGACUAAUAAAACAUGCAGGCCUGAUAAAACACGAAUACGCAGGCAGGCCGGAGGGGUAGGGGGUGUUUAACCAUCUCACCCACUCCCAGGCCUGCUGUUACUGGGCUGGGGGACCCAGAGGGUCCUGCCUGGUUAAACACACUGUGGCCAGGGGCUGCAGGUAGAAACAAUAAAGUGGUCAUCCUGGUUUGUUAAAAAGCUGAGGGCUGGAUACAUUUAACCACGCUCAAAUUCAGCUAUGGAUGCAAGGACUAACCAUCCAUGAUAUUAAAAUUAUAGUUUUAACCAUGUUUUGAGGCUAUUUAGUGUUUGUUUACAUUUUCUUUGUUUACAAACAUUGGAGUAAGACAAGCUUUUAUUUUGGGUUCUAAUGGCGUACGACUGUUAUACUAAGCUUAUGACGUAUUUAUAAGUUAUAUUCUUCAAGAAUCAAUGGUUACAUAUCAUUAAUUUAAGUCUAAAAAUGUAUACUGAACAAAAAUAUGCAACAUGUAACAAUUUCAUAGAUUUUUUACUGAGUUACAGUUGAUAUGAGGAAAUCAGUCAAUUGAAAUAAAUUCAUUAGGCCCUAAUCUAUGGAUUUCACAUGACUGGGAAUACAGAUACCUUUAAAAAAAAAAAAUGGGUGUCACAAUGAGCCUCAGGAUCUUGUCACAGUAUUUUUGUGCAUUCAAAUUGCCAUCGAUAAAAUAACAACCAUAGUCUGCGAUUGUGAGGCCGGUUGGACAUACUGCCAAAUUCUCUAAAACGACGUUGGAGGUGGCUUAUGGUAGAGAAAUGAACAUUCAAUUCUCUGGCAACAGCUCUGGUGGACAUUCCUGCAAUCAGCAUGCCAACUGCAUGCUCCUUCAACUUGUGACAUUGUGUUGUGUGACACAAAUUAACAUUUUAGUGGCCUUUCAUUGUCCCCAGCACAAGGUGCACCUGUGUAAUUUUCAUGCUGUUUAAGCAGCAUCUUGAUAUGCCACACCUGCCAGGUGGAUGGAUUAUCUUGGCAAAGGAGAAAUGCUCACUAAAAGGAAUGUAAACAAAUGUGUGCAUGACAUUUUUGAGAAAUAAGCUUUUUGUGCAUAUGGAACAUUUCUGGGAUCUUUUAUUUCAGCUCAUGGAAUAUGGGACCAACACUUUACAUGUUGAGUUUAUAUUUUUGUUCAGUGUGUGUAGCAACUGCUGAUUGCCCCUUUUUAAAUGCCAUUCAUUAGGACUGCAGAUGUCUACAUUCUACCACCACCGGAGUGGGCUUGAGAUGCUCAAUAACUCCUAUGGCCAAUACAUACAUGGGCCACAACUCCCCUUAGGCUAAGUGUUCAGUCUUGAGUAUGGUGUGUAGAGAAAUUAUGCUUGCUCCACACUGUUCAUCCUCUUUUAUCUCUCUUGCAGACGCCCCAGUUAUCCAGCAGUUGAGAAGGACGUUCAAGUAUUUCCAAGACUACAGACAGGUGGGUGAUAAGAAAUAAACACAAAACAGAAGAAACGGUCUCUGCCACUCCCACUGUUCAAUGUAGCCUGAUCAAUGGAUGGCUCCGCUCUACAGUUGGUAGCAUUUGCUAUGUGGCUGAUCUAGCCAGCCUUUUCCUCUGAGGCUGGAGGAUUUAGUUCAGGGAGUUAGAAUAAAAGGUCAUUGUCCGCUAAACCCCUGGGUUAACCGCUGGAUUGGGAAAUGUACACUGGGUGAGACUGGGAGCCAUGUUAGGCCUCCUGUCUGUCUUUACUGAAGCAGAGGCAGGUGCAGCCAGACUGCUUAGAGCAGGAAGGCCUCUGCAUGGGCCUGCAGCUGCUGUUCAGUUAGACCCCCUCCACACACACACACCAAAAUCCAUCUCCCUCAUAGCUCUUUGAUCUCUUCAAUGGAGCGUGAACAGCCCCCCGUGUCCUUCGUGUGUGUGUAUACACACGCGCUCCCCCCUUUUCCACCCUGCAUAUCGACAACACACACCCCCUCUCCUCCUCCCUGGCCUGUGGUCUCCUGAACAUGUCAGUUCUCUCUUCCACACGUCCCAUCUCCGUCUUGCAGCUGGUUCUUACAGGAUUAUGGCUUUAGGGUGUUUGCAGUGAUGAGGCCAGCUAAAAGCAAACCAACGGAAUAAGGAAGUGGACCACCAUCUUUAACGCUCCUGCAUUCCCACAUAAGCAGCCAAAUACUCUCCUCCAAUUUUACUACGGCGAGCCGGGAGAGGAGAAACAUCUUAUGAAUGAUGUCAAGUGUUAAAGGGAUAAGGCCUCGUUCACCACAAAAUACAAAUUGCAUACAUUUUUAAUGGAGCUUGGCUUGUUGUCAAUUGACCCACGUAGUUCUGAUGAUGUGCCACUUGCUCCUCCCACCGCAGCAUUGUGUUAUUGUAUAGUGUGAUGUAAUAUCUGUGCGCCCCCAGAUGAUCAUUGAGCCCACGAGCCCGAAGCUGCUUCCUGACCCCCUGAGGGAGCCCUACUACCAGCCCCCCUACACCCUGGUCCUGGAGCUCACAGACGUCCUGCUGCACCCCGAGUGGUCGGUACGUACCACCCCUUCCUCCCUAUCACACCUCACCCACCACCUUACUCUGGCCUCCUGGCACCAGGGGCUGGCUGGGUUUCCUGGAGGCCUUCUCUCAGUAUUUUUUUAUUAAUUUUUUUUCCACCUUUUUAUUUAACCAGGUAAGCCAGUUGAGAACAAGUUCUCAUUUACAACUGCGACCUGGCCAAGAUAAAGAAAAGCAGUGCGAUUAAAAACAACAACGCAGAGUUACAUAUAGGAGUAUAGCCUUGAAUAGAUUGGAUGGUACAUUUAUAAUUCAUAAGUAGACUCGUUUUUAUUUGUUUACUUAUGCUUUUACCUCAGCCUCCUCCCCCCGUUUGUGUGUGUGUGGCCAUCUGGCCUGCGGGUCGCUGGGGGCACACCACCUGUCUACUUCCACUAUCUGUAAAGACCCCCCCUCCUCUCACCCAUUACCUGUGGCUUCCACCUGGCCCCCUCAGAGCCCAUCCCAACCGCUACUCUAACACCACCCUCCAACUGCCCCUCUACCUGAGUAGGGAGGCUACUCCCCCUUCCCUGAGUAGUCUCCAUGCCCCCUCCCCCCUAUGACUCCUCCUAUGAGUGGCGAGUGCAGUAGACAGGUGGGGCGCGGCUGUAACCUGACACCUGCCCUCAGCAGACUUUGAUUUCUGAAGAAAAGACAAGUGUUAACAACAUAGGCCUACACCCAGGAGGUCAUCCAAAGGCUUCAACUGCCUUAAGCUGCUCUGUUUAGGCUGUUGAAAAAGCUAAAUGUAUGCUUGUAAAUAUAGCACUUUAUAACAUAACAACAAACUAAUGAAUCAGUCAUUCACUGGUUAUUUGUGUGCAUUUAUGUGGAUUUAUUGGCUGUCGAAAAAUAAAUUGUACCCUAAAUAUAACACACUAUAACGUGAUAAACGGAUUAUUUGAAAUCCAAUUAUUCACUGACUAUUUGUGUGGAUAGCUUUCAGUGAGUGUUCUAGCCAUAAUGAAUGUAUCCCAUUGAAGUUGGGCAGUAGUUAGUAUGUCUUUAAGCAUGUGAAGGGACUGGUCUGUUCUCUGGUCCUCCCCACAGCUGGCUACAGGCUGGCGCUUCAAGAAGAGGCCAGGCAUCGACUACCUGUUCCAGCAGCUAGCCCCUCUCUACGAGAUAGUCAUCUUCACCGCAGAAACAGGCAUGGUGAGUGACCACUCCACAACACAAGGGCUUGAACGCUGUUCUGGCAUGGGCCAAUGAGGACUUACAAGAUCUGGUCAAACCAUUAUUGUACCAUGUUGGUUCAAGUACAACUUUGCUGUCCUAUGUUGAUGAAUCCUCUUGAGCCAGAAUUUCCCUUAAAUCCCCCACCCACCCUUUUGUCCCUUUUGAACUUGUCUUGUGGCAAUCAACACUGCAAUUCUAUAGGUGUUGCAACAGACAACACAAGAACCCCCGUGUAGCUCAGUUGGUAGAGCAUGGCGUUUGCAACGCCAGGGUUGUGGCUUCGAUUCCCACGGGGGGCCAGUAUGAAAAUGUAUGCACUCACUAACUGUAAGUCGCUCUGGAUAAGAGCGUCUGCUAAAUGACUAAAAUGUAAUAUGUAAAUGAACUGCUACCAUAUGUCACGUUUUAGUAAAGAAGCAUUUUGUAUUGGUAAAGGCGUAGACUUGCCUGCCUCACUUACCUAACAGACACCUGCCACAGCCUCCCUCCGCCACAGCCAAUCAGGGCCGUUCUUACCGCUGGGUGUAGCUUAGCUCGUUUGUUGUGACCACACUGCACCUGUCACCUCCUUGAUUUCCCUGUAGACCUUUGUUCUAAUGGUCACCCUGAAACAAAUCCAUCACUUUUGAAUGUUAUGUCACUCCAAAUCAAAUUUUAUUUGCCACAUGCGCCGAAUACAACAGGUGUAGACAUUACCGUGAAAUGCUUACUUACAGUCCUUAACCAACAAUGCAUUUAUUUUUAAAUAAAAAAAGUAAAAUAAAACAACAACAUCAAUGAAGUGUUGAGAAAAAAAGAGCAGAAGUAAAUAAAAUAACAGUAGGGAGGCUAUAUACAGGGGGGGUACCGGUGCAGAGUCAAUGUGCAGGGCACCGACUAGUUGAGGUAAUAUGUACAUGUGGGUAGAGUUAAAGUGACUAUGCAUAAAUAAUUAACAGAGUAGCAGCAGCGUAAAAAGAUGGGGUGGAGGGGCAGUGCAAAUAGUCCGGGUAGCCAUGAUUAGCUGUUCAGGAGUCUUAUGGCUCGGGGGUAGAAGCUGUUGAGAAGCCUUUUGGACCUAGACUUGGCGCUCCGGUACUGCUUGCCGUGCGGUAGCAGAGAGAACAGUCUAUGACUAGGGUGGCUGGAGUCUUGUGACAAUUUUGAGGACCUUCCUCUGACACCGCCUGGUAUAGAGGUCCUGGAUGGCAGGAAGCUUGGCCCCAGUGAUGUACUGGGCCGUACGCACUACCCUCUGUAGUGCAUUGCGGUCGGAGGCCGAGCAAUUGCCAUACCAGGCGGUGAUGCAACCAGUCAGGAUGCUCUCGAUGGUGCAGCUGUAUAACCUUUUGAGUAUCUGAGGACCCAUGCCAAAUCUUUUCAGUCUCCUGAGGGGGAAUAGGCUUUGUUUUUGCCCUCUUCACGACUGUCUUGGUGUGUUUGGACCAUGAUAGUUAAUUGGUGAUGUGGACACCAAGGAACUUGAAGCUCUCAACCUGUUCCACUACAGCCCCGUCGAUGAGAAUGGGGGCGUGCUCAGUCCUCAUUUUUUUCCUGUAGUCCACAAUCAUCUCCUUUGUCUUGGUCACGUUGAGGGAGAGGUUGUUAUUCCAAACUAACACUGUUGACGAUUCUUGAUAUCAAACAACAUCCCUAAUGUUGCGUUUGACUGUUUUGUUGUUUUGGAACCAAUAUGCCUCACCCCGAUUGUUUGUCCUAAUUACCUACGUCUUUGCCAACAGGCGGGCUCAGAACGGGCUGCCUUUUGGGCUGUGAAGACCCCUUUAUUUAUGGCAACAUUUAUAUGCAAAUGAGCCAUGCGCAGCUCAGGGUCUAAUUGGCCCCUUGUUUAGGGACUGUUGUUUUCUCUCGGUGAAGGUCAGCCUCAGUGUUAUGGUGACCUGCAGCAGUGACUGUGCCAAGUCAAACUGAAGCCUGUCUAACUCCGCUAGCUGCAGCCCUACGGGGGAUGGAUCAUUAACCCAUCAAAGUUUUCUGUGCUUCAUAUUGUCACAUGUAUUCUUCACCUGCCCACUGCAGUAGUGCUGACUAAACCAUGUAGUUCUAUGAGAAGCUGUUACUUUAGAUUUUCUAAUGCAAAGAGAUUUUAAGUAGGAUUUUAUGAGUAGUAACCAGGAAACUAGACCCUGACGACACAAUCAUAAGUCUAUCCCAAUCCUCAGCCCAAAUCUAGCUAUGUAACCAAUGGCCAUCAUGCAUAUGCAGAAGCAUCUAGCAUGUCAAUGCUGUGUGAGGUUGUGAUGUAAUGAGUGUUCUCUCUCCCAGACGGCGUACCCUCUGAUUGACAGCAUCGACCCCCAGGGCUUUGUCAUGUACCGCCUCUUCAGGGACGCCACACGUUACAUGGAGGGACAUCACGUCAAGGUAAACAAAUCAUCAGGCUGACCUUCCACCACGGCCACCAUGUGUGUGUACUGUUGUUUCCAAUAACACAGCAUUCCGUGAAUUGAAUGUCUUCCAUGUUUCUGAAUUUAAAACAAAGACAGGUCAUGUUAGUCUAUAAAAGCCAACAAAUUGUUCAGACAAAUGCCCUGGUUUGCUUUAGUUUGGAUGCUCUUUCGUUUCUCUCGCUCUCUCUCUCUGUUAUUUUCUAAGACAUGAGUUGAGUUUAAGACUCUGAGAUGUUGCUGUGCUCCUUUUCAACCCUGCUCCUCCUGGGCCAAGCCCCCAGCCCAGAACCCCCGGCGCCCCUCUCGACUGUGACCCGGUCGGCACAAUGGUGCCAUACCCCCCGUGUCUCCGCUGCAUAGCCGCCUUCUGCUCCAGCAUUGAUUUUCCUAUGCUCCGACUCCAUCCCUCUUUCUCUCCUCCUCGGCCCCUGACAAUAGGGGUUUCUUCCCCUCCCUCCGCCUCCCCUUUCUGGGCCUCAUUAACCUUAUGCCUCCCUCUCCCCCACUCUCCAACAGCCCUGAGUCAGUCUCCAUGCAUGGCUGAAGUACAGUAGUGUUAACUUUGUUAAACUAAGUUAACCUAACUUGUCAUCAGAGAGAACCUCUAAGACAAUACUGUAUAAGAUGGAUACUGUUGCUUUACUCAUGUCGUCUGCAAUCUAUUACAUGGUUGUAUCAGAGCAGACUGUAACGGACAUGCCUAGCUUACAUCACCAUGUUUCAAUGGAGUGCUUUUGUAAUGCAUGGGAAAACUAGGUUGGCCUGGUAGUGAAUGUGUGGUUAUGGUCCCUACAUGGCCUAGUGGUUGUGACGUGUAUGGCUGAAGUGGUGUGUAGGUGUAUAGGUAUACCUUUUCUAUGUGAAGAUGCAUGGCCAUGUAUUAUUCAUAGAGGUCAGUUCUUUCCAUGUUAAUCACUCACUACUAAAACUCAUAUUCAUCGGGAAACAUUAAGAAUUGAUGAGGGUAACCUGCUACCUCGUGCUAUGCACCACUUUGAUGUAUUUAUUUGGUGCUUAGUCAUCCUGACUCUAACGUUACAUACAGGAUCUUCUCCUCUCCUUCUGUGUACUCACCUGAAUUCACGUGUCUCCUGUCCCCUUCCCCUUCCUUUGGUGACCUUCUGCCCAUCUCUCUGUCUCUACCUCCUCUCUCCUCCUCCCCCUUCCCAAGCUCCCUCUCACCUCCGUCGCCUUCCAUCUGGCCCUCUGAAAAGCAACAGGGAGGCAGAAAGGGAGCGAGAGAAAGGGAGGUCUGAAUAGAGAGUGGAGUCCCCCGAGGCCUCAGGCGUCUGUCCAAUGGUGAAUUUCGAUGGUGUUUUUCCCCAAAAAAGUUUUCAAACGAUGUGGAGCCACAGUUGAUGCGAUGUGCCAAUAAAAUCAGCGAGCCUGACGACUCACAAUAUCAGCCGGUCAGUCUAAUUAACUGUGGAUAGAAUCAGGCUGUGGUAGAAUCAGCCAUUGAUGUUGAUGACAAGUCCAACUUUGAGGGGUGAGAUGUGGACUAGUUUAGAACCCCCCCCUGAAGACAGAGGGCAGUUAGUGGAGGGCACAACCUUCUGUCACAGGUGGACCGACUGGAUGGAGUUGAACAAGACUGUUGAGUGCUCGACUGCCCCACCAAAUUUGCGUUUCAGAGAUCAGUUUUCAUUUAGUUUAUUUUCAGUUCAAAUUGUCAUUUCAUUCUCCAUGGGAGUGUCAGAUUUAAGUAGUCAUACUAGUACAUCGUAUUUGUUUACCCUGCGCACCAAACUUGUGGGUAGGUGUGUGUAUAUAACCCUAUGAGAGGGUGUGUGUGUGUGUGUGUGUGUGUGGGUUGGACACAUACCUACUCUGGCUUGCUGCCUGUUUCUUUGUUAGGGGCAUCACAGAGCACGGCUGCCUGUGAAACCGGAUCCCUACAGUGCCUUUAGAAAGUAUUCAUACCCCUUGACUUAUACCAAAUGUUGUUUUACAGCCUGAAUUUAAAAUUAAUUAAAUUACAAAAAAAAUCUCACUAAUCUACACACAAUACCCAAUAAUGACAAAGUGAAACAUGUUUAUAGAAGUUUUAGCAAAUUUAUUGAAAAUGUAAUACAGAAAUAUCUAAUUUACAUAAGUAAAGUGUUAAUGAAUACUUGACACCUAGCAUCAUAACAUGUCAUAACCAUGUCUUAACAGCUGACAUAAUAUGGUCAUAACACUGUCAUGACCCAUAUAUUUACACCUGUUGUGACAUAUUGCGUUAAUUAAUGGCUGGUUAUGACACCUACAUAAGUGUCAAAACCCACAUUUUAUUUGAAUGUGUUUUUUCCCUGCCAGGAAGUUUCCUUUCGUUUUGAAAGUUUGUUUCUUAAAUCCUUUGUUGUAAUGAUUUCUUUAGUCGUCUUUUUCAUCACAUUUCAAAUAACUUAGUAAAUACACUGACACUGUCAAGAAGCAUUAAGGCCAUCAGAAUCAUAUAAGACAGAAAGGCCUAUCAUGUACAUGCCCUUAUGUCAGUCAUCAGUCAAAAAGAGGGUCUUGUCCUGCUCCUGAAAUCUGCUCCUGCAUUCAUCCCAGUCAUCAGCAACAGAGCAUUUGUGUAGGUGCAAGUCUGACAUCAAUGUGUGUGCAUUUCAAACAAUGUUAUAACCUAAAAAUACUGUAGACAAAUAGGCUAUGGUGUAAUGGAAUGUUUUGCCUUGUGUGGUAGGUUAUGUGGGUUUUGACACUUAUGUAGGUUUCAUAACCAGCUAUAAAGUAAAGCAAUAUUUCACAACUGGCAUGACAGUGUUAUGACCAUAUUAGGACCGGUUAUGACGCUAGGUGUCAAGUGUUACCAAGUAUUCACACCCCCUGAGUCAAUACUUUGAAGAAGCACGUUUGACGGCGAUUUCAGCUUUCAGUUGUCUUGGGUAUGUCUAUCCGUUUUGCACAUCUGGAUUUGGGGAUUUUCUCAAGCUCUUAAAUUAAAUGUGGAGCGGUGGUGAACAUCAAUCUUCAAGUCUUUCCACAGAUUUUGGAAUGGGAUUCAAGUCUGGGCUUUGGGGCUAGGCCGCUCAAGUACUUUCACAUUCUUGUUCUGAAGCCAUUCCAGCGUUACUUUGGCUGUAUGCUUGGGGUCAUUGUCCUGGUGGAACAAAUCUUUGCCCCAGUCUGUCGUUUGCACUGAAGCAGGUCCUCAUCAGGGAUUUGCCUGAAUUUGGCUCCAUUCAUUGUUCCCUCUAUCCUUACCAGUCUCCCAGUACCUGCUGCUGAAAAGCAUCCCCAUAGCAUGAUGCUGCCACCACCAUGCUUCACGGUAGGUAUGGUGUUAGUUGGGUGAUGAGCUCUCCCUGGUUUUCGCCAGACAUAGUGCUUUUCAUUCAGGCCAUUUUUGUCUUAUCAGACCACAAUCUUUUGCCUUAUGAUCUGUCUUUUACGUUCCUUUUUGCAAACUUCAGGUGUGUUGUCGUGCCUUUUUCUCAGGAGUGGCUUCCGUCUGGUCACUCUCCCAGAUUGGUGAAGUGCUGUAGAGACUUCUCUCCAUCUUAGCCAAUUAACUCUGUAGUUCUGUCAGAGUGGUCAUUGGGUUCUUGGUCACCUCCCUGACCAAGGUCCUUCUUGCCCUGUUGCGCCGUUUGGUCGGAAGGCCAGCUCUAGGCAGAGUCUGGGUAGUUCCAUCAUUGUUUUAUUUCCCAAUGAUGGAGCACACUGUGCUCUUGGAAACGUUCAACACUCUAGAAGUUGUUUUAUACCCUUCCACAAAUAUAUGCCUCAUCAUAAUUAUAUCUCUGAGAUCUCCAGACAGUUCCUUGGGCUUCAUGGUAUAGUUUCUUCUCUGACAUGCACUGUCAACUGUGGGAUCUUAUAUAGACAGGUGUGUUUCAUUCUAAAUCAUGUCCAAACAAUUGAAUUGGCCACAGGUGGACUCCAAGUUUUAACGACAUCUCAAGGAUGAACAAAGGAAAUUGGAUGCACCUGAGCUCAAUUUGGAGUGUCAUAGCAAAGGGGUGUGAAUACUUAUGGAAAUUAGAUUUCUGUAUUUUGAUUUUCACUUAAUUUGCAAAAAUGUCUAAACAUAUUUUUCACUUUGUCAUUAUGGGGUAUUGUGUCUAGAUGGGUGAGAGAAAAAAAUCAAUUUAAUCAAUUUUGAAUUUAGGGUGUAACACAAUGUGGUAUAAGUCAAGGGGUAUGAAUACUUUCUGAAGCACUGUAUGCAUCACAUGGCCCAACUCUCAACUACACAUGUGCCAAACACACAUACUGUAUUUAUCUGACUGAAAUAAUAAGUUAUCAUAGAGGCUGACCAACUCUGUAAGCACAGACAUCAAUACAUCACUCAUAAACUCAUUACUGCACCUCACACUAGGCUAAUGUAGAAACGCACACUCGUCAAUAUACAUACUCCCACGUUCUCUUGGGGAUUGGGCCCCGUCUCAGAAGGAAGGCAGACGCUGAUUAUUUAUUGGGAGUGAGGAGAGCGUGCCUGUUCUUUCCUAUACCCACACACACACACACACACACACACUCACUGCAGGCCCCUCCCCCUGCUCUGACAGGCUAGUCAGCAGCACCUCAGGGGGAUCCAGAUGACCUCAGCGAUAGGGAGAACUCGGCGUCCCUCUCCAUCUGCUCCCCAGGCCCACUACUGAGACUCAAUGCACAGGGCAGGCCAGGGGAAAGUGUGUGUGUGUUCUCCCCUCUAUAAAUGUGUGUGUAUAUGCAAACAUUACAUUUAUUGAUGAACUAAGAUGAUUGCAAGCCAUUUGUGUAUUUCUUCCAAUUGUCACAAUUACUAUUAAACAAUGAAAGGGAUAGAUUUAAUUUUUACAUCAACUUUCUUAAGAUAAAUUACUCUUCAGAGAGUGUCUUGUAACUCAACUCUCUCUCUUCCACCCUCCCCUCCCCUGUAGGACGUGUCGUGUCUGAACCGGGACACCUCCAAGGUGAUCGUGGUGGACUGUAAGAGGGAAGCCUUCAGCCUGCAGCCUUUCAACGGCAUGGCUCUGACGAAGUGGGACGGCAACUCAGAGGACCGAACACUCUACGACCUAGCUCAUUUCCUCAAGAGUAAGUGUGUGUGUGUGUGUGUGCGCAAUGGCAUGUGUGUCGACUAAUCUGUUCCUUCCCAGACACUAUUCACUCGUGUUUCUCUCUGGCAGCCAUUGCUCUCAGUGGAGUGGAUGACGUGCGUUCUGUCCUGGAGAACUACGCACUGGAAGACGACCCAAUAGAGGCCUUCAAACGCAGACAAGCGCAGCUAGCACAGGUACAGUCCAAACAAACCCAAUGUUUAGGAGCAAUGGAUGACAACUAACAAAUACACUAACGUUACCAACCAACAGAAGUGUCCUUAUCCUCAAACAUUACAUUUUCAGUAGGAAAAACCUUUUCACUGUUGAUAGCUUGUCGCCCUUUCUCCAACUGUUUUGUGAGAGCUUUAGAGCAAUAGUCCAUUAGAUCCUGAUGUAACUGUAGAUAUUGAUGGGUGUGUGGACAGGAGGAGGAGCAGAGGUUGGCAGAGCUGGCCCAGCAGAAGAAGCAGGGCAUCUCCUUGGGCUCCAUCGCCGGACGGUUCUGGCGCUCCAAACAACAGUGA